UUUACAGUCAUUCGCCAUACCAGGAAGCGUAAUGCUUAGUGUAUUGGGCGGAACUUUGUGGGGAAGUUGGAAGGCUUUGUUACUUGUUUGUUUUGUAAGUUCUUAUAUUAUUGAUUGUUCUGCAACGGGUGCUACUAUCUGUAGUUUAUUAUCUUAUUAUUUAGGCCAAGCUGUAACAGAGAGGUUCUUUUCUGAACGUAUGGAGAUUUGGAAUGAGCAGGAAGCAUCUAUUUUCAUAUAUCAUAUUCCUUCGGGUAACGCCGUUUUUGCCGAAUUGACUAUUAAUUUCAUUCUCAUAAAUGAACUCAUUAAAGGUGUGGCACCUCUGUCAUUUAUUCAUACACAAGCUGGAGAUACUAUCCAUCAAUUAUCAGAAACUGAUGAAAUAUCAUUUUUCACUACCAAAAACAUCAUCGCGAUGAUUUUUAUUGCUAUUGCAGCUUUGAUACCAGUCUUAAUGAGGAAAAGAUUUGAAAAAAAGGAAAUGAAGGAAAAAUUAUAG